AUGGCGAAAAGGCAAGGGUCAUCAAAAGAAGAGCUUGUUCUCCUUACGAAACCAGUGUCUUUCGUCAAAGCUUCUGGUAAAGAUUCAAGUGAUGAGUCUGAAGACAGCAGCAGUGAAAAAGCAAAGAAAAAUAAAGUUAAAGCAAAUAAACACACAGUUUUUUCCGAAUCCAAAACUAAAAGUAAAAAGGUCAAGGAUUCUUCAAGUGAUGAAGAAGAAAAACCACCAAAAUCAAAGAAAAAGAAGCAAGAGUCAUCUGAAAGUGAAAAUGAAGAAAAGAGCUCUAAAAAAGCUAAAAAAUCUAAUUCCCACUUUAAUGGCGAAUAAAAUAUUGGAAAAAUGCCUUAUUUUGGUCAAAAAUCCAUACCUCCCAUGAGCGAACAAAAAUUUUUUUAUGAAAAAUAUUUUGAUAUAUCAGUGUAAUUAUAUAAUAAAAUCUCGAGCUAAUUCUGUUGAAUUUUUGACGACUUACAUUUUAAAACAUAAAUUUUACAUAUUAAAUUAUUUUUGCUUUCCAGUAUUUUCUAAUUGGGAUUUUUAUGAAUUAUGAAAAUAAAAUUUACUAUAAAAAAAUAUUAAUCCCCCUCCAUGAGUGAACAAUUUGUUUUUUUCGAUCACAGGGAGAGUAAAAGAAAAAACACUGAAGACUCAUCUGAAGAAUCAGACACAAAAACAAAAACUAAACCACAAAAGAAAAAAAUUAUUAAAGAUUCUUCAAGUGAUUCUGAAGAAGAAAAGCAGCCUGCUAAAAAACAAAAGAAAAAUAAAGCAGAAAGCGAUACAGAUAGUGACCAUAAAGUAUUGAAAAAGCAACCUGCAAAACCUUUGAAAAAGAAGAAGAUAGAAAGCUCAGAUAGCGAAGAGGAGCCAAUAAAGGCAAAAAAGACCACACAAAAAAAUAAUUCAUUAGACAAAAAAGCAAAAGAAGCACUGAAAAAUAAGCUUAAAAUGGAAAUAGAAGAGUCUGAUUAUUCAAGCAGUGGAGAAGAAAAAAAUAAAGCUGCAAAGAAAGAGACAAAAAAAGUUAAAAAAAUCAAAGAAGAUUCUGAAAGCGAAGAAGAAAAAAUUGUUAAAAAAUCCAGAAAGAUUUCAGAAGACAGUGCCAGCUCCAAAGAAGUAAAAACCUCAAAAAAUAAAACCAAAAAAAGUAAAAAGGAAAGCUCAGAUAGUCAGGAAGAAAAAGUGAUAAAGCCAAAAGAAAAAGCCUCUAAAAAAAGUAAAAAGAUAGAGAGCUCAGACAGUGAAGAAGAAGAGAAGCCAAAAGAUAAAAAAACUAAAGCCCCUAAAUCAGAUUCAGAAAGUGAAGAAGAGCCUAAAACUAAGAGUAAGGACAAAGCAUCUAAAACAAAGAAAAAAGAAGAAAGCUCUGAAGACAGUGAAGAAGAAUUGCCCAAAAAACGAAAAGGCAGCGACAUAAAAGAGCCUCAACCAAUAAAAAAACCAGAAAUCCCAGCUCAGCCUGUUAUCCAAUCCAAAAACUACGAGCAUACAAACUUUAAUCCAAACCCAGUCCAUCCAGCAGGCCAAAUAAGAUAUACUCCUAUAUCCGGAAAACCCAAAGAAAAACUCAGAAAAACAGGCGUGGUUCAGCAAUGGGAAGGAAUUAAACGAUAUUUCUAA